CGUUUCAUUUGAUUCAUACUCUAAAAGUUUUAACAUUCUAUUCUAAAAAAAUAUUUAUCUGGAAUAUAAUUGUAAAAUGGAUAUUAAUAUAUUUCAAGUUUUAUUCAUCACUUUAUUCUCAAAUAUAUUAGCUGUUCAAGGGAAUUUUGUGAAAGAUUUAGAAAAUUUGAAAGCAAUUAUGAUGGAAGAAUUUCAAAGAAUGGACAAUGGAAAUGGCAAAGUGGACUUAUCAACAUUUAAUAAUAUGAUUAAAAGUACUUUUCAAAGAUCCGUUAAAUUACCAGAAUUUUUAGAUCAACCCAAUGUUAAAAUGGAAACCAUGGUCAAUUAUGAAGAAUGGCUGAACAAAUUUUUCCUUAAAUAUCAAAAACUUUAUUUAGCAACAAACAACCAUAGUGGUUUCAUUGACAAAUCUGUUGCAAUUGACUUAAUACAACGUUUAAGCGAUGAAAAUGUUUUAUAUAAAUAUGCAGAGGAUUUGGUAGUAACUAGCUUCAAAUAAUACUAAUCGAGUAUCAAACUGUGGAAUUAUUUUAUUAUUUUUUCGGAAAAAAAUGUGUGUAGUUUUCUUUUUAAGGUUUAAUAAAUAUACUAUGAUACAAUAUAAAGCAGAAUUUUUUUUACAAAUA